GUUGUAGCCACUAGCCAGCUCCAAAUCGCAGUACACGUAGUUUACUUAGGAAAAUUACCUGGGAAUUGCUGAUAGAGAAGAUCGAUGCUGACAGUUUAGUAUCUCGUUUCUUGUUAAAGUGCUAUCAGUCAGUUAUUUUUUUGUCAGUGUCGUGCGUCCCGUGAACUUGUGUGCCCAGUUAGCCUACUUUCCCUGUUACCCUCCAAGUGCAUGCGUACGCGCAUACGACACGCACCAUUGUCGUUGUUAUGAUCUGGCCCGUGAAAAUUUUGUUUACCCAAUGAGCUUUAGCGGAGUAAAGACUAGACAAUCGUCCAGUCAUUGAUUAACAUGGACCAAGGGGGCCCUCCUGAGGGGGCCCCUGUCAUCAUCGCCGACCCCAUGGAUAUGACUAUCAUUGACAAAGUUUGUGAGUCCAAUUGGCCAGAUGACAACAUCGUAUCGUCGUCAACAUUUUGUGAUAAUCCCAAAAAGCUCAACAACAAGUACCUCUUUCUAACGGUUGAAUAUGUUGACGAUGGAGCAAAAGAUUUUGGACGCAUAUAUCCAUCAUAUGAUCAAGUUUCUUUUUCAUCUAGACCAAAUUCUCCUCUAUCUGAUUUUGAACAUCAAGUUAGUCCUCAUGAUCCGAAUAUGAGUUCUGCUGCAAGAUAUUCACCAACCCCAGUUCCUUUGCCUUCAUCACCAUUUCAUAAUUCAGUAGUUGUUCUUCAAGAGCCAGCAUCACCGCUGAUAUCAACAUCAGAAUCAGCUGUGAGAAUGGCCAAUGAUUAUACAACCCAUUUAACUGAUCAAUCGUCAACUCCAAGCUUGUCCCAGAGUGACAAUUCAGAAGAUUUCACAGAUAGUACAAGUGAUGGAUUGGUUUCCAGUGUUGGAAAUGAAUUAAUGCUCAUUCAAGGUUCUAACACAGAUCUAGAACCUUCAUCAACACCACUAAUGUUGACAGGAAUAUCAGGAUCUGAUUUAACUCUUACGAGAGAUUUUCUUGUUAUGCAAGAAGAUCAAAUCAAUGUAAUGAAUUCUGUGAAAUUAAAUUCUAGUCUUGAUUCUAAUGUCAAUCAAGUCACAGAAUCUAUUUUGCCACAUGAUGUAGAAGAUGAAACUAACGCACAAAUUACAAUGAAAAGUUUCAAAAAGAUUACUAAACAAUCUGAGCUGUCAUAUGACAAGAAGGAUGUGAUUUGGUGUAAAGAUCAAUCUGAAGAUAAUGGAUUAUGGUAUGACGACUGUGAUAGUACUUGCACAGAUGCAGCUGAUUGCACCUUACACAGCGUAUGCACGAUCGCCGAUCAACCAGUUCCUUCUCGAGCAGUAGCUACAUUACCGGGUCUCUAUUUAUCGAUUGAAAAGCUUCCUUCUUCUAAUAUUACAAAUCAAUCGGCAGAAUUCGGCAUUUUCGCGAAACGAAGUAUUCGACGACGCACUCAAUUUGGCCCGAUCGAGGGUGUUUUAUGUCCUUAUGAUGGUUCAAAAAUUCAAGGUUUGCCAUUAUUAUUGGAAACUAAAGAAGAAGGAGAAUUCUUGAAAAUCGACAUUUCAGAUGAAAACACUUCGAAUUGGAUGCGCUUUGUCAGACCUGCUACGACUUAUGAAGAACAAAACUUAAUUAUAUGUCAAAUGAAUGAUGCAAUAGUAUUUCUCACUACAAGAAACAUAUUGCCCAGUGAAGAGUUAAAAGCAGGUCCUAGUAUUGAAUAUGGAAAACUUCGAAAUCUACCGGUACUUGAAAUCAUUCACAAAAAUAUUUUAGAUUCAAGCACGGAUUUUUGUAGUCAAUCUCACAUAAAAAAUAGUUUAUUAGAAACUACCGAUGAAAAACUACAAAACAGUACAAAUAUUGAUAAUCGUCAAAAUAACUUUACCCAACUUCAGAAAAGACGUAAAGUUGCGAACGAAUCCUUUCAAAAAUAUUUAGAAAUUAAUGAAAACGACGAUGAUGAUUUUGGCGAUUCGAAAUUCUUCAAAACUAAUGCAAAAUAUACUUUCAACGAAGAAAAAGAAAAGGAAAACUCCCCCGAUACUAAAAUGGAGUUGAUGAAAGAUGAGAUUACACAAUCUGAUCAACCUGAUAUUUCGGAGCAAAAUACCAAUGUCGUUUCAUCUAGCGUAUACAAAUGCGUACUGUGCACAAAGCGUUUUUCAACAAAAAUGAAGUUUCAGCAACACUGCCUUGAACACGAUGUCAAAAAUAACGAAUCUGCUACGUGCAAUUUCUGUUCAAAAACAUUUUCCAACAACUAUACUUUAACUCGUCAUCUGAAAACUCAUCAAAAAGAAAGACAAAACCUCGAAUGUCCGGUAUGCAAAGAAGCAUUUGGGCGCGUUUUAACCUUGAAGGAUUCCAUAGAAACUCAUCUUAAUCAAGAUGAGACAUUUACGUGUCCUCACUGCCCAAAAUCAUUUACAAGCUACGCUCUUACUCGUAAACACGCUCGAGCUCAUCAUUUUGAUCGAAAACACGAAUGCCAAUUCUGCUUCAAAUGCUUCCCAGCGGCUGAUAAAUUGAGAAUGCAUUUAUUGAAACACUCUGAUCGCAGGGAAUUUCAAUGCGCUAACUGCGGUAAGCAAUUCAAACGGAAAGAUAAGCUAAAAGAUCACGUUACGCGUGUACAUUUUACUCAGAAGACUAAUAAGGACCAAAUAUCUUCGAAUAAUCGUGCCAAAAAGACAAUUCCAAAGCUAAAUGCUGUUGACUGUGACCGAUUUAUUUACAAAUGUCGUCGUUGCCAAGUUGGUUUCAAACGUAGAGGUAUGCUCGUAAAUCACUUAGCCAAACGACACCCUGAUGUCCCUCCAGAAUCUGUACCUGAGCUUUGCUUGCCAAUUUUACGACAAACAAGAGAUUAUUAUUGUCAAUACUGCGAUAAAGUUUAUAAAAGUAGCAGCAAACGCAAAGCGCAUAUUAUGAAAAAUCAUCCGGGUGCUGCUUUACCACCCAGCAAUAGAAAUAAGGACUUUGAUAUUCCUGGAUUGCCAAAUCCAACAUUCAGUCAGGCUGCUGGCAGUAUUAAAACUGCUCCACAGGGCUGUCAAUGGUGCCAUAAACAAUAUGCCAGCAAAGCGAAGCUACUGCAACACCAACGCAAGAAACAUUCUAGUCUAAUGGAGCCCGCCGAUCAGAUACCCCGCCCGCGAAGCCGUCCACCGCAAAACCAAAAUCAGCCGCCCGUAACGAGCAGUGUGAAGCAGCUUCAGCCAGCAAAGCUGGAAUCAGGCGACUUUGAUAUCUUGAAAUCUCGCCUAAUGCGCCCCGUUAAUGACUCUUUGUCUGCCACAUCGAAUGGCUUCGAAUUAAUGAACCCUCAAUUCGCUCGAGUACGCGAUAUGCGUUGAAAGGCCAGCACGAGCGGCCGCGUGACUGCGGCACUUUGACACGAAUUUUCAAAGGUAAAAAACAAAAAAAAUUCAUGCGUAAACAGCGUGUAAUUUUUUGUUGUCUGCACAGUCAAGCAAAAUACUGUGCUUUUGACUUGCUCUGCGCCGUCCCCCCCCAAAAAUCUGUUUUUGGGGGGAAGUGCUAGAGAGUUUGUUGGCGUUAGCCUAGCGCUGAGCGCUUUGGCGCGUUCAUGAAUGAUGAGGUGGUUGUUUUUUGUCUUGUCUCGACGAGUCGCUUGAUUUUGAGGGAUAGACGUUAUUCAGAGUUUAUUGAGAAUGAAGAAAAGUAACAGAAACACGUUUUAACGAAUGGCUUACGUAAUAUAAAGGAGUAAAAAAUAAUAGUAAUGAAACUAAAAUCGCGACUGUCUAUGAAUAAAACUCAAUGUGUAGCAAUUUUAAUCCAGAAUCUCAAUCUUGAUCUCUAUCUCGUAAUAGACAUUAAUUUGAAAACGUCCUUGGACGAAUAAUCUUUGUCGGAAUAAACUCAGUAGCGAAUGAAGCAAAUUAAUUCUAUUUUAAAUGCCGUAAGCGGUUAGAAUAUAAUAGCUCGGAAAUUAUCACAGUUGCAGCAGAUGUCGUUUAGCGAAACUAUUUUAAUGCUCAAAGCAAAUUUAACAAGACAAAGUAAAAAAUCUUUCAAGUCUACUGUCGUAAUCGUUACGUGGAUUAGUCGUGUGCAAACUUAGCGAGACAAAGGAUAAAGAAAAAACAAAAAAUAUAUAAAAGAUAAAAAAAAUGAAAUGUCCCUUACAAACCACGUCCCAUGUAGGCGAAAAUAUCCACCGGUUCCCGUAUGAACUUAAUCUUGCGCCUAUCAAUUCUAUGUCUAUUCUGGACCUUAAGAGAAACCCAAAGGUAUACUUCGAAUGAACAUUAAACUUACAUCUUAAUAAGAAGUAGCUGUGAAAAUGGAUAAUUUAUCAUCUUAUAGUAUACAUAAACUCUAACACACGCACACAUACAAAUACAUAUAUACAUAUACACUAUAAACAGUAUAAUAAUACAUAUAUACAUUUUUGUCUCUUCGUCUACCGACGCUUAUUCGGUUAAAAUUAGCGAAAGAAAAAACUUAACUGUCAUCAAAUAUGUUGUAACUAUGCUACUAAAGUGUGAAUUUCCAUUUUUUCGAAUUUCUCGCAAUAGAAAAGGAACAAAAAACCGAGGUACAAGAAAGAUUCCAAGAGAUUAAGCCUGUCGUUAAAAGUGAAAGAGUGCAGAUGAUAAAGUACGAUGCGCUAGAGAAAAAGAAAGAGAGAAAAGAAUAUAUUAUAUUGUUGCUUACGAAGCGACCGAAUGAUUUUAUCAGAUAUCUAUAUAGAUUGUAUGUAAGUGAUGUUUGACAGCUGGACUACUGUUAUAACGAUCCCAAAAAGUAAAGUAAAUAAAGUAACAACGAGCAAACGUCUAGAAAUAUUUAAU